UCCCGCCAGACACGGGUGCCUCCGGGCCGCCAGGGGACGCUGUGGCGCAACCGGGCCAGCCCGUGGUGUUCCGGCCGCGGAUCGCCGGGCCCUCUUGGGCCCGGCCUUGCCGGUUUGACGGGGUGAAAGGUUGCGAAGAUGGCGACGGCCUUGAGCGAGGAGGAGCUGGACAAUGAAGACUAUUACUCGUUGCUGAACGUGCGCAGGGAGGCCUCUUCUGAAGAGCUCAAAGCUGCCUACCGGAGGCUGUGUAUGCUUUACCACCCAGACAAGCACAGAGACCCAGAGCUCAAGUCCCAGGCGGAACGACUAUUUAACCUUGUUCACCAGGCUUAUGAAGUGCUCAGUGACCCCCAGACCAGGGCCAUCUAUGACAUAUAUGGGCAGAGAGGCCUGGAGAUGGAAGGAUGGGAGGUUGUGGAAAGGAGGAGAACUCCAGCUGAAAUUCGAGAGGAGUAUGAGCGCCUGCAGAGAGAGAGGGAAGAGAGGAGACUGCAGCAGCGAACCAAUCCCAAGGGAACGAUCAGCGUUGGAGUAGAUGCCACUGACCUUUUCGAUCGUUAUGAUGAGGAAUAUGAAGAUGUGUCCGGAAGUGGCUUUCCGCAGAUUGAAAUUAAUAAAAUGCACAUAUCCCAGUCCAUCGAGGCACCCUUGACAGCUACAGACACAGCCAUCCUUUCUGGAAGCCUCUCAACCCAGAAUGGGAAUGGCGGGGGCUCCAUUAACUUUGCUCUCAGACGAGUCACUUCCGCAAAGGGCUGGGGAGAGUUGGAAUUUGGAGCUGGAGACCUCCAGGGGCCUUUAUUUGGUCUCAAGCUGUUCCGUAAUCUCACACCAAGAUGCUUUGUGACGACCAACUGUGCUCUGCAGUUUUCAUCCCGUGGAAUCCGACCUGGCCUGACCACUGUCCUAGCCAGAAACCUAGACAAGAACACUGUGGGCUACCUGCAGUGGCGGUGGGGUAUCCAGUCGGCCAUGAACACGAGCAUUGUGCGGGACACAAAGACCAGCCACUUCACAGUGGCCCUGCAGCUGGGAAUCCCUCACUCCUUUGCACUGAUCAGCUAUCAGCACAAGUUCCAGGAUGACGAUCAGACCCGCGUGAAAGGAUCCCUCAAGGCGGGCUUCUUUGGGACAGUGGUGGAGUACGGAGCCGAGAGAAAGAUCUCCAGGCACAGUGUACUGGGAGCAGUCGUCAGCAUUGGCGUCCCACAGGGCGUUUCUCUCAAAGUCAAGUUGAACAGGGCCAGUCAGACUUACUUCUUCCCCAUCCAUCUGACGGAUCAGCUCCUGCCCAGCGCUGUGUUCUAUGCCACCGUGGGGCCUCUCGUGGUCUACUUCGCCAUGCACCGUCUGAUCAUCAAACCAUACCUCAGGGCUCAAAAAGAGAAGGAACUGGAGAAGCAAAGAGAGAGCGCCGCCAGCGACAUCCUGCAGAAGCAGCAAGAGGCGGAAGCUGCUGUUCGGUUGAUGCAGGAAUCUGUCCGAAGGAUCAUCGAGGCAGAGGAGUCCAAAAUGGGGCUCAUCAUCGUGAACGCCUGGUACGGGAAAUUUGUCAAUGACAAGAGCAAGAAGAACGAGAAGGUGAAGGUGAUCGACGUGACUGUGCCCCUGCAGUGCCUGGUAAAGGACUCAAAGCUCAUCCUCACAGAGGCAUCCAAGGCUGGGCUGCCUGGCUUUUAUGACCCGUGUGUGGGUGAAGAGAAGAACCUGAAAGUGCUCUAUCAGUUCCGAGGUGUCCUGCAUCAGGUGAUGGUGCUGGACAGUGAGGCCCUCAGGAUACCAAAGCAGUCUCACAGGAUCGAUACAGAUGGAUAAAUUGCUUGCAAACCAGAUUUUUUAAAGGCUGCAAAAAAAUCUCCUGGGAGUCUACAAAUGUGGAAGCAGGGAAAAAACCCCAACAUCAGAUGUUUUUAUUUUAUAUUAUUCCUGUAGAAGGUGGCACCGUAUCAAUUAUGUGAAGGGACAUGCAAACACCCCAGCUUUCUUGAGUGCUGGGGGGUGGGACUAAGGCAGCCCCACCCUGGAUCAGACAGCAGCAUGGCCCGUGGCUGUUGUCCAAGGAUCGUGUUCCCGCAGGGAAGGGCCCUGGGCCUGACGCUGCCAGCUCCCCACAGGUUCUCCAGCAGGUGUGCUGAAUGCUGCCUGCCACCCCGUAGUUCUUGGUUCUGUCUGGGGUAUUUGUGGAACACCCUGUCCUCACACAUAGGACUGUGAACUGCUUUUCCCCAAAUCCACACCGAACGUGGGAAACACCAGAAAGGGAGGGAGGCACUUCCACACACCAGUGCCUCCAGGUCAAGGGAGCAUCUGUGCGGCCGACUUGCCACAAAGCACCUUUUUCUGCUGAAAUAUUACCACGUGAAUCUGGAGAGGAUUGUGGGCUCAUAAAACUGCUUUUUAUCUGAGAACAAACAGGUUUGGAAAGUAGUCUCUUUUUCCUGUCCCCAGAGCUGCUCAGAUCACCCCACCGGCCCCUGGCUUGGGACAGAGUGAUGUGAUUCCAGUCCCAGGGCCCAUCCCUGACACGGGUUACCUCCCGUGUCCCUGUGGAGACGGAUGCAGAUGUGAGCUGACCCGCACCCUGCACACCCCACUCAGCACAGCCUGGCCUGCCUGUGGCCACCUGCUGUGACAGCAUGGGGCUGGGAAGAGGGAGGCCCCCGGACAGAGCUGAGUACUAGGCAAGGGGGAGCAGGACAGGUCGGACGAGCCAAGCCCAGAGGUGCUGACCCCGGGGCUGGCCCACAAGCUCACGAGGGGCUGGCAAGUACCCACCCAGCAGUUGGCACCACUGUUCCCUGUGCCUGACAGGCCCUGCCCCUCCUUACAGGGGUGCUCCCGAGGGGUGCUACUGCUCCAGAACCCUUUCUUGCCCACUGUGGAUGCAGAAUGUGGCUCCUCGCCAGGAGGCUCCUUGCAGCCUGGGUUGUUCGUUGCAGUAGAGCUACCUGUGGGCACUGGCCUAUGUCGUGGGUCCUGGACGUGGCAGCAGUCACCCGCCUUCACUAACACCCUCAUUGACCCCCUCCAAGCAGGCACUGCACGGGCGAGCUGGGACCGCGGGACUUGGAGACCGAUGGCCACUGUGGUCUCCUGCUUCCCUGCAACCAUUGCCGACGUCAGCCCUCGUAGCAGACAGCCCGAAAGCCUGAUAUUUAUCUCCAUUUUUUAAAAGUUUCUCCAGUGGCCCCCACGGACUGAGCCGCACAGUGGACGUCAUGUUGCAUGAGCCUCGAUCCUGGCCCUGCCCCAUCUGCCUCUGCCACAGGUGCUUGUGGGCACCGGCCCUCCUCGUGGUGACGUCAACUGUACGAACGGCACUCACCACAAUAAACCCUUCCUGAAAGCUGA